AUCAAACUCUUGUUCUAUUCAUCUCUCAAUACAUACAUACGUAUAUAUAUAUAGAUUCGUGUUUCUUCAAGAACGGAGAUCAAUCCAUCAGGAGCCUAUACGUUGUGUUGUCUGUAACAUAAAAAAAAAAUGUCACCGUCUAUUAUGUCUGAGGCCGAGGAAGGGAACGACAAGUAUCAAAGAGGAGUGAAAUAUCUUUGUGACAAAGGCUUAACGAAAGUGCCGACAAAGUACAUAUUGCCCGAACCCGACCGACCCAUCUUCCGAAAUUCCGACAAGAUCAAACGCAAACAAAAUCUGAAGCUCCCCGUCAUAGAUUUCGUCGAAUUGCUCGGUCCGAACCGCCCACAAGUCCUACAAACCCUAGCCAAUGCCUGCGAAACCUACGGUUUCUUCCAGGUGGUGAAUCAUGGGAUUGAGGGAGAUAUAAGCAAGAACAUGAUAGAUGUGUGUAAGAGAUUCUUCGAGCUUCCGUACGAGGCGAGAUCCAAGUACAUGUCGUCGGACAUGUCGGCGCCCGUACGUUACGGAACGAGUGUCAAUCAGAAUAAAGACAAUGUUUUCUCUUGGAGAGAUUUCUUGAAGCUCUUGUCUCAUCCUUUGCCUGACUAUCUUCCUCAUUGGCCUUCUUCUCCUUCCGAUUUCAGGAGUUUGGCGGCUACCUACGCGAAAGAGACCAAGCACUUGUUCCACAUGAUCGUCAGAGCAAUCCUGGAGAGUCUCCACCGUACGGACGCCGGAGAUUCGCCGGGAAAUUUCUACGGCGAUGGAGAUGAGGCGGCGGAGGAGUUGGAGGAAGGGAGCCAGUUGGUGGUGGUGAAUUGUUAUCCGCCGUGUCCGGAGCCGGAGCUGACGUUAGGGAUGCCACCUCACUCUGACUAUGGUUUCUUGACUCUUUUGCUUCAAGACGACGUCGAAGGCCUUCAGAUUCUCUCCGGCGACGGCGAUUGGGUCACCGUUGACCCGAUUCCGGGAUCUUUUGUGGUCAACGUCGGCGAUCAUCUCGAGAUAUUCAGCAACGGGAGGUACAAGAGUGUGGUCCAUAGGGUUUUGGUAAAUUCAUCAAAGCCUCGGAUAUCGGUGGCUUCGCUUCACAGUUUCCCGAUGACUUCAACGGUGAGGCCGUGGCCUAAGCUCGUCGGCCACUGUAAUCCGCCCCGCUAUAUGGCCACCGAUUUUGCCACUUUCCUUCGUUACAUCUCUUCUUGCGAACCCAAGUGGAAGAAUUUCUUGGAAUCUCGCAAAAUUCAUCCCACAUUAUGAAAAACAAUUAUCGGUCGGACCAAAUAUCAUCGAAAAUAAUCAGAAAUAGAAUAUGAUUUGAAUAAAAUUAUGAACUUUAUGAUGAAAAGAAGGGUUUUUUUAGGGUAUGAAAUCCUAAAUCCGAGUAAGCAACGACGUUUUGUAAAGGAUAAGAUAUUGCCUAACCAUUUUUUUUUUGAUAUACCAUGAGGUGUAUUGAACAACGUUCAACUAUGAACCGACAUAUUUAAGUCUUAUACAUUCAAUCUAAUCUUUAUUCGUCCCUA